GGUGUAGUGACACUGUGGUCCAGUAGGGGGAGAGAGUUAGCAGCAAAGACGCUGUUAGCAGUAUGCUAGCCAAAGCUAGUGCACUGUGAAGGAUACAUGAGCCUACAUAUGUACUUCAAACGUUGAAAGUGAGACCUAGCCAUGUCUCAGGUGGAGAAGAAGGCAGGUUUGUUGAGGAGGACGUCGUCCUCUAAGAAACCACUGAAGGAGAAGGUGGUGUUGAUGUAUGAUGAGAUCUUUGCAAAGGAAGAUCCGGCUAAAAACAGCCCUCGCUUCUGGGAUGAGCUGUUUCUAAUGAAGGUGAACUUGGAGUACCUUGAGUCAAAGCUGGAGAGUGUUGACGGCGAGGAGGUACAGCGAAUUCAGGACAACAUCAACUCCCUGUUCCACCACAGCGUUCAGGCUCUGGGAGAGGAGCAUCAGAUCAAAGUGGUCAACGCUCUGCAGACUCUGUGUGCGCUUUUUCGUGGGGUUCAUCAAAAGAACAAGUCAGCAUCUGGCUUUGACAUCAUUAAUAUGCUCAUGGGCUUUGACAAAGCCGAGCAACGGAUGAAGGACCUAAUGGAGAGACUGGACAGCCUUCUUUGUGGAGAUGGCUCAGAGAGUCUGAAGAGCCUUUGUCUCAAACUUCUUCUCUGUCUGGUGACGGUAACUGACAAUAUUAGUCAGAAUACCAUCUUGGAAUAUGUGAUGAUCAAUAGCAUCUUUGAAGCCAUUCUGCAGAUUCUUUCAGAUGUGUCCAGUAGAGGGCAGCAUGGUUACGAUGCUGUGGUUCUUCUGGCCCUUCUGGUCAACUACAGGAAGUAUGAGUCUGUAAAUCCGUAUAUUGUGAAACUGUCUAUUGUGGAUGAUGAGCCAACACUGGAUGGAAUGGGCAUAGUUGUCCACCAGGCUUUAACAGAAUAUAACAGGCAGUACAAAGACAAAGAGGAAGAGAACCAGGGCGGUUUCUUCUCCACCCUCACUAGUAUGGUGGGCAACAUGUUUAUAGCAGAUGCUGAUGAGAAGCUCUCAGUGCAGACAAAUGAAGCGAUUUUGCUGGCACUGUACGAGGCUGUGCACCUCAACCGCAACUUCAUCACAGUAUUAGCACAGAGCCACCCUGAGAUUGACAUUGUUGCAACCCCCACCAACCCUGCUCCAACCACACCAACAACACCACUUGGCACAACCCCACCCUCCCUAGACAUGAUGAACAACCCAGAGCUGCCGCUGGAUCCCAACCUGCAGACGAGCAACCUUCUCAUCACCUUCCUCAAGUAUGCUUCUAUUGUAAUGCAGGAUACUAAAGAUGAGCAUCGACUCAACAGUGCCAGGCUGUGCCUAAUCAUCCUCACAUGUAUAGCCGAGGACCAGUAUGCUGAUGCCUUUUUGCAUGAUGACAAUAUCAACUUCCGCGUCAGUCUACAUAGAAUGCCCAUGAGACACAGAAAAAAAGCAGUGGAUAAGAACAUCCCGUCUCGGCCAUUGGUGUGUGCAGUUUUAGAUCUGAUGGUAGAAUUUAUUGUCACACAUAUGAUGAAGGAUUUUCCCAUGGAUUUAUACUUGCGCUGUGUUCAGAUCAUUCACAAACUCCUGUGCUACCAAAAGAAGUGUCGAAUCAGGUUACACUACACUUGGAGAGAGCUCUGGUCAGCACUCAUCAACCUGCUCAAGUUUCUACUGUCAAAUGAAACCACACUACUGGCCAAGCACAACAUUUUUCAUCUGGCCCUCCUGGUGGUGAACCUGUUCAACAUGUUCAUCACAUACGGCGACACAUUUCUGCCCACCUCCAACAGCUAUGAUGAGCUCUACUAUGAGAUCGUGCGAAUGCACCAAGUUUUUGACAACCUCUACUGUAUGGUAUUGAGAGUGUCAACAAACACUGGCCAGUGGAAGGAGGCUGCCAGUAAAGUCACACAUGCCCUUGUUAACGUUCGGGCCAUCAUAAACCAUUUUAACCCGAAGAUUGAGUCAUAUGCGUCUGUGAACCAUAUCUCCCAACUGUCCGAGGAGCAGGUGUUGGAGGUGGUGCGCUCCAACUAUGACACACUGACACUUAAACUGCAGGAUGGUUUGGACCAGUUUGAGCGAUACUCGGAGCAGCCCAAAGAAGCGGCUUUCUUCAAGGAGCUGGUACGCUCCAUCAGCCUGAAUGUGAGGAAGAAUGUGUCUCUGAACACUCUGAGUCAGGAUGUCCUCCUCAAAGAGUUCUCUACCAUCUCCUGAGAGGCCCCACAUGGACCUACAUCAGCAUGUACAGAACACGUCAGGUGCACACACCAACAACAUUAAAUGGAAGAUGUUGUCUUCAUUCCUCUUCUAUUGUCCCUGUUGGACUAUGUUAGGUUGGAAGCUCCAUCACGAGGGCCCUAUCCACACGGGAACAAUCCUGGGAUUUUUUUUUUUUUUUUUUGGCGGCUUGAAAAUAAAUUCAAAAAAAUCACAUCCACACAGUGUCGGAUUAGUAAAUAGUAGCUGCAUCCAGAUGGGAAUGGAUCGCUGGGUGAAAAUGAUGUAAUACAUAAGGCACACCUACAUGUGGCGCUGUAAACAGACACCCACGCAGAGCUUUGUGACACACCAAAACUAUAGAAGAAGAACGAACGCAUACCCAUAAAGUUUUCCACUAGACCUGGGCUUGUCCAAAUAUUCAGAUAUUAUGUUGGCAUGUCCUGGUCACGUAAACGGCGAGAGGGUGGCGACAUCAUCGUUUUCAGAAAGUAGGGGUUUGCUUGUCCACACAGCAACGUUGCCAGAUUUUCCCACUCUAGACGCCGUUUCAAAAAAAUUUGAUUUCAGGUCACCCAGAACGCUGUCGCCGUGUGGAUGAAAGGCUGAAAUGACAAUAUGGUUCGCCAUUUCGACCUGAAAACGUUCCCGUGUGGACCGCGCCUACGACGACACUAGAUUGUCCGUGUGUGUGCGUGCUCUUGCACUGGUUUCUUGCUUGCAAGCUGCAAUAUUGGCUGGACUGUUAACAGACAUGAAUGUUGGAAAUCACACAGUACUUAGAAAUCGUAUUUUUAACCCAUUGUUAGUAACUUCCGCUGUCUAAGUGAUUGGAUGUGUAAUUUAUUUCUCCACUUUGAGAUGGUGACGCUUGAUUGUCACUUUGUUUCUUUUCCCCAUGUAGCUGAAUUAUUGUGUGAAUGCUAACUUAAUGAUGUGUUCAAUGGGCAAUUCAAUUAUUUUAACUUAACACAGUUUGCUAAUGGAUUGUUGUGACCAGUAAAGACGUUGAUGCUGUGGAGUGAGGAAAAAGGAAGCAAUGACUAACUACUGUACAGUAUACCAUUUCCUGCUUCACUCAAACUUCAACUGAACAUGGUGAGCUUUUUUUUUUCUUUUUUUUGCUUAAUAUGUCUGGAUUAUUUCCACAAUGAUUUAUAAAUAAUAAAUACUGUAUGUACAACCAUCAACUUUUCAUUCAUUUUUUUU